CGUGUCAGAUGCAAUAGAAUAUUAAAUAAUAACAAAAACGUGCACCACUUCCUCGAGCCGUCCUCGACGUAAUAGCCGCUCCAGUUAAUGAAAACGUUCUUGAAGAAUAAUAAUAACAUCAACAUCCGAGUCAAUAAAACAGUCGCAAUAAAUCGGCUAAUCAUAAUCAUAACAGAUGCGGAACAUAAUUAAAUUAUUUCCACUCCCACCUCCACCACCAUCAUCAACAUCAUCAUCAUCAACAUCAUCAAUAUCAACAACAUUAUCAUUAACGUCAUCACGUGACAAUGCCGGCGUUAUUUCAUCACAACAGCAAAUAUAAUAUAUAUAAUAUAUAAUAUGUACAUAAACAGCAACUAACAGAGAUAUAAGUUGUGUAAUUGCAGUCUCAUUCAUGCAGAGCAAGUAUUAGUACACAUUAAACAAGUAGAUCCAACUAAGCCGUGAACUGCAAGCCGAAUCUUUAAAUUGCCUUUGGAUACAUUCCAUAGCAUAUUACUUGUGUACUUGCAACUGGUGAGUCCUCAGUGGCACGUGAACUAUAAACUCGCUAUUAGCUGUCAGUGAUGCUUUUUAUCCUUUGAUAGUGUUAUUAUUAUUUAAAUAAUAAAUAACCUCCAUUAAAUACUCAUUGUUUUUUAAAUAUUUAUAUAAGUAUUCAAUAUUAUUAACAAAAUGGCUUUGGAAGCUAUUAAAUAUAAUAAUGGAAAGCUGGAAGUCUUGGAUCAAACGCUUUUACCAGUAAUUACUCGGUAUAUAAAUGUUCAGGGUGUUGAAGAUGGUUGGAAAGUUAUCAACAAGAUGCAGGUCCGUGGAGCUCCAGCAAUUGCAAUGGUAGGCUGCCUAAGUCUUGCAGUCGAAUUAAAAAAUGACAAUUACAGUGAAAAAAGCUCAGUGAGACGUGAAAUAGAAGGAAAGAUGAAUUAUUUGAUAUCGGCACGCCCUACGGCUGUUAAUAUUAAAAUUGCUGCAGAACAACUCAUCAAGCUGGCUAAUAAACUGUACAGAGAUGACAGUAUUAAUGUAGAAAAUAUGGUUUCUGAAAUACUGAGGUCAAUAGAUAAUAUGUUCAAAAAGGAUAUUGACGACAAUCGGGCUAUUGGUGACUUUGGCGCUGAUGAAAUUCUUAAAAAUAUUGUAGAUAAUAAUUUAGUACGAGUAUUAACUCAUUGUAACACUGGGUCACUGGCUACCACAGGAUAUGGCACAGCUCUAGGUGUUGUUCGAUCGCUUCACAGCAGUAGAAAACUUGAGCAAGUAUAUUGCACUGAAACACGCCCGUACAAUCAAGGAGCCCGUUUAACAGCCUACGAAUUAGUCCAUGAAAAUAUACCAGGUACUUUAAUAUGCGAUGACAUGGUAGCUGCGUUGAUGAAGUCUAGAAAAAUAAAUGCUGUAGUAGUUGGUGCUGAUAGAGUUGCUGCUAAUGGAGAUACUGCUAACAAAAUAGGAACUUAUCAGAUUGCAAUCCUAGCAAAAUAUCACGAAGUUCCAUUCUACGUAGCGGCUCCAAGAACGUCUAUAGACUUCGACAUAAUAGCGGGAGACAAGAUACCUAUUGAAGAACGACCUGAGCGCGAAAUGACGCACCUGAACGACCAACGAAUCGCUGCCAAGGGAAUCCAGUGCUGGAACCCCGCAUUUGACGUGACCCCCGCUGACCUGAUCACCGGAAUCAUCACCGAGGUUGGUGUUAUCAGCCCGAAGGACUUGAAGCAACUUGUUUCUACUGACCAACAAUAAUAAAGUUAUUGCAUUCCAACCCUCAAUAAAAAGUCAAUUACAUUUAAAUAAAUAAAAUAUUAAAUUAGGAAAAAUAUUAAAAUAAUAUAAUCGUAAGCUCAUAUUUUUUUAUUCUGAUAUAAAAAGUAUUAACGUUGAGAUUGGUUACAAUUAUUGAUAAUAAAAAAAUAAUUAUUAAGAUUUAA